GUAGCUGUUGAACAAGAAGAAAUACCCAGACUUCAGGCCCUGUAUGAGAGAGGCCUGCAGAAUGGUGUCCAGGACCUGAGGCUGAUCCAGCAAGAGGACAUAAAAAAGAAGGAGCCAUAUUGUAGGUUCCCCAACCAGGGAUCGAACCCACGCCCCCUGCAGUAGAAGUGUGGAGUCUUAACCACUGGACCACCAGGGAAGUCCCAAUUCUUUUGUAUUUUCUAUGUACAAUCAUGUCGUCUGCAAAUAAUAACUUAUUUCUUCCUUUCCAACCCAUAUACUUGACUGGCUCAAUAUUUAAUGCUAGCAUAUAUUGUUUUGUAUGUGUUUCUUGUUUGUUUGUUUUUACAGGGUGCUUCAAAUCCUUUCACAAAAAGACAAGAUAGAAAUAGAUUUUUUUCCCUUAAGUUAUCUGUAGUUGUGCAGUUAAAGUUAGAUCAAAAUAUUUGAUUUUCUUAAUUAGUAUAACGUUCCCAGGAGACUAGGAAUCCAAACAGUGUUAAAUCAGUUCUUCCUGCAGAGAAAGUCAUAACAUCUUCAACUCCAGAAAACCUCACCUUUCCCUCCCCUCAGACUCAGUCAGAAUAAUCAAAGUGUUUGGCUUCUGGGAGUAGGUCUUCUUCUCCCUUUUCCUCUCCCCAUGUAUUUCUUAUCUCUCUGAGAUGGUGAAUGAAUGACUGAUUUUUUUAAAAAAAGAAGACACCUUCACUGAAUAUCUAAUUUUGGCUAUUUCUUUCAGGCUUUGGGCAAAUGCUACAUGGUCUUAAGCCAGGAUUGGUGAACUAUGGCCUGUGGGCCAAAUCCAGCCCACCACAUGUUUUUAAAGACCUAUAAGCUGUUUUAAAUGGUUGAAAAAAUUAAAAGAAGAAUAAUAUUUUGUGACACAUGAAAAUUAUAUGAAACUCAAAUUUCAGUGUCCACAAAUAAAUUUUUAUUGGAGUACAAUCAUACUUAUUCAUUUAUGUGUUGUCUGUGGCUGCUUUUGUGCCAAACAGCCAACUCGAGUAGUUGAAACAGAGAUCCUAAGCCUCACAUGGGCAAAAAUAUUUACUAUCUGGCCCUUUACAGAAAAGAUUACCAGCUCCUGAUCAAACAGUAGGGAGCCACUGAAGGAUUUAGGCAAGAAAAUGAUAUGCAAACUGUGCUAAUUUAGGAAGGUUAAUCAAGUUCUGGUACGUAGGAUGGAACUGGACAUGAGAGAGAGGGGAGCCUUGAGGUGGGAGGUCAAAGCUAUUUAUAUUUAUUUUUGGAAGGCAGCUAUGCUCACCAUGAUACCAUCAACACCACUUAUUUAUAGUUAUUUUUAGAAUACCUGAUUUCUUUCUGCUACUCUUGAAUAUCAUAGGUUAGUAAUUUCUAGACUUCAGGGAAUUUUGAUAUAUUAUUCUUUAUUUUAUCUCACUAUAUUCUGUCUUUUUUUUUUUUCCAUAAAGUGGGAUCUGACAUAAGGUGAGCAGCAGAAUGUGGUGGCUGAGAAGCCAGACAGACAUAAAUUUAAAUCUCAUAUCUGCCUAUUUAACAGCUGUUUACCUUGAGUGGGUUAAAAUUGUUCUAAACUUCAGACUACUCAUUUGUAAAAUGCAGGUUGUUCUGAGAAUUAAAUACAGUGAUAUAUGUAAGGCAUCCAGCAUAUGUUAAUCCUCAAGAAGUGGUAGAUGUUAUUUUGGGCUUAUUUAAGCAGUAAUUCUAGUGAAUUCAAAUUGGUUUUGUCUGAGAUACUUGGGGAUUUUUCAUGAAAUCUGUUAAGAUAACUUAGUUAUGUUUGUUCUUUUCCUCCUGCUUUACAUUUUCCCCUUUUCCUGAUGCUUUGCUUGUAACUCAUUAUUUUAUUCUGUUUAUUUUCUUUAAGCCAUAUCAAUUCCUCUGCAGAGUAAAAUAGGCUAUUUAAAAACAUUGUAGAGAGAUCCUAGGAUGUCUUCAAACCAGGGUUGUGAAUAACUCAUAUAAGAGCUUGUCUUAGUCAGUUGGGGCUGCUGCAAUAAAGUACUGUGAACCAGUUAGCUUAUAAAUGUCAGAUAUUUAUUUCUCACAGUUCUAGAGGCUGGAAGUCUGAGAUCAAGGCUCUGGAAGAUUUUUUUUUUUUUUUUUUUUUAAGCAUUCCAUUUUUUAAUAACCUAUAAUGGAAUGCUCUGGAAGAUUUGAUUUCUGGUGAGGACCCACUUCCUGGUUCAUAGACCAUCUUCUAGCUGUGCUCUCACAUGGCAUGAGGGGUAAGGGAACUCUCUGGAGUCUCUUUUAUAAAGGCACUAAUCCCAUUCAUGAAGCCUCCAUCCUCAUGACCUAAUCACUUCCAAAAGGCCCCACCUCCAAAUACCGUCACAUGGGUCAUUAGGUUUCAACAUAUGAAUUUUGGAGGCACACAGACGUUCAGUCUAUAGCAGAGCUGGUUGUUUAGACUGAUUCCAUACUUAAGGGGGAAAGAUACUAGUAUUAAAGAGAUUAGGAGAUUGGUUCAAGAUGACAGAGUAGAAGGACGUGCCCUCACUUCCUCUUGUGAGAGCACUGGAAUCACAACUAACUGCGGAACGAUCAUCGACAGGAAGACACUGGAACUCACCAAAAAAGAUACCCCACAUCCAAAGACAAAGGAGAAGCCACAGUGAGAUGGUAGGAGGGGCACAAUCACAAUAAACUCAAAUCCCGUAACUGCUGGGUGGGUGACUCACAAAUUGGAGAACACUUAUACCACAGAAGUCCACCCACUAGAGUGAAGGUUCUGAGCCCCACAUCAGGCUUCCCUGGGGGUCCGGCAAUGGGAGGAGGAAUUCCUAGAGAAUCAGACUUUGAAGGCUAGCGGGAUUUGAUUGCAGGACUUCGACAGGACUGGGGGAAACAGAGACUCCACUCUUGGAGGGCACACACAAAGUAGUGUGUGCAUCGGGACCCGGGGGAAGGAGCAGUGAACUCAUAGGAGACUGAACCAGACCUACCUGCUAGUGUUGGAGGGUCUCCUGCAGAGGCGGGGGGUGGCUGUGGCUCACCGUGAGGACAAGGACACUGACAGCAGAAGUUCUGGGAAGUGCUCCUUGGCGUGAGCCCUCCCAGAGUCCACCAUUAGACCCACCAAAGAGCCCGGGUAGGCUCCAGUGUUGGGUCGCCUCAGGCCAAACAACCAACAGGGAGGGAAACCAGCCCCACCCAUCAGCAGACAAGCAGAUUAAAGUUUUACUGAGCUCUGCCCACCAGAGCAACAGCCAGCUCUACCCACCACCAGUCCCUUCCAUCAGGAAACUUGCACAACCCUCUUAGAUAGCCUCAUCCACCAGAGGGCAGACAGUAGAAGCAAGAAGAACUACAGUCCUGCAGCCUGUGGAACAAAAACCACAUUCACAGAAAGAGAGACAAGAUGAAAAGGCAGAGGGCUAUGUACCAGAUGAAGGAACAAGAUAAAACCCCAGAAAAACAACUGAAUGAAGUGGAGAUAGGCAACCUUCCAGAAAAAGAAUUCAGAAUAAUGAUAAUGAAGAUGAUCCAGGACCUCGGAAAAAGAAUGGAAGCAAAGAUCGAGAAGAUGCAAGAAAUGUUUAACAAAGACCUAGAAGAAUUAAAGAACAAACAAACAGAGAUGACCAAUACAAUAACUAACAUGAAAACUACACUAGAAGGAAUCAAUAGCAGAAUAACUGAGGCAGAAGAAUGGAUAAGGGACCUGGAAGACAGCAUGGUGGAAUUCACUGCUGCGGAUCAGAAUAAAGAAAAAAGAAUGAAAAGAAAUGAAGACAGCCUAAGAGACCUCUGGGACAACAUUAAAUGCAACAACAUUUGCAUCAUAGGGGUCCCAAAAGGAGAAAAGAGAGAGAAAGGACCUGAGAAAAUAUUUGAAGAGAUUAUAGUUGAAAACUUCCCUAACAUGGGAAAGGAAAUAGCCACCCAAGUCCAGGAAGCACAGAGAGUGCCAUACAGGAUAAACCCAAGGAGAAACAUGCCAGGACACAUAAUAAUCAAAUUGGCAAAAAAAUUGGCAAAAAUUAAAGACAAAGAAAAAUUAUUGAAAGCAGCAAGGGAAAAAUGACAAAUAACAUACAAGGGAACUCCCAUAAGGUUAACAGCUGAUUUCUCAGCAGGAACUCUACAAGCCAGAAGGGAGUGGCAUGACAUUUAAAGUGAUGAAAGGGAAGAACCUACAACCAAGAUUGCUCUACCUGGCAAGGAUCUCAUUCAGAUUCGAUGAAUAAAUCAAAGGCUUUACCGACAAGCAAAAGCUAAGAGAAUUCAUCACCACCAAACCAGCUCUACAGUAAAUGCUAAAGAAACUUCUCUAAGUGGGAAACACAAGAGAAGAAAAAGACCUACAAAAACAAACCCCCCAAAAUUAAGAAAAUGGUAAUAGGAACAUACAUAUUGAUAAUUACCUUAAACGUGAAUGGAUUAAAUGCUCCAACCAAAAGACACAGGCUUGCUGAAUGGAUACAAAAACAAGACCCAUAUAUAUGCUGUCUACAAGAGACCCACUUCAGACCUAGGGACACAUACAGACUGAAAGUGAGGGGAUGGAAAAAGAUAUUCCAUGCAAAUGGAAAUCAAAAGAAAGCUGGAGUAGCAAUACUCAUAUCAGAUAAAAGAGACUUUAAAAUAAAGACUGUUACAAGAGACAAGGAAGGACACUACAUAAUGAUCAAGGGAUCAAUCCAAGAAGAAGAUAUAACAAUUAUAAAUAUAUAUGCACCCAACUUAGGAGCACCUCAAUAUAUAAGGCAACUGCUAACAGCUAUAAAAGAGGAAAUCGACAGUAGCACAGUAAUAGUGGGGGACUUCAACACCUCACUUACACCAAUGGACAGAUCAUCCAAACAGAAAAUUAAUAAGGAAACACAAGCUUUAAAUGACCCAAUAGACCAGAUAGAUUUAAUUGAUGUUUAUAGGACAUUCCAUCCAAAAACAGCAGAUUGCACUUCUCAAGUGAGCACGGAACAUUCUUCAGGAUAGAUCACAUCUUGGGUCACAAAUCAAGCCUCAGUAAAUUUAAGAAAAUUGAAAUCAUAUCAAGCAUCUUUUCUGACCACAAUGCUAUGAGAUUAGAAAUCAAUUACAGGGAAAAAGACAUAAAAAACACAAACACAUGGAGGCUAAACAAUACAUUACUAAAUAACCAAGAGAUCACUAAAGAAAUCAAAGAGGAAAUAAAAAAAUACCUAGAGACAAAUGACAAUGAAAACACGACGAUCCAAACCUAUGGGAUGCAGCAAAAGCAGUUCUAAGAGGGAAGUUUAUAGCAAUACAAGCCUACCUCAAGAAACAAGAAAAAUCUCAAAUAAACAAUCUAACGUUACACCUAAAGGAACUAGAGAAAGAAGAACAAACAAAACCCAAAGUCAGCAGAAGGAAACAAAUCAUAAAGAUCAGAGCAGAAAUAAAUGAAAUAGAAACAAAGAAAACAAUAGCAAAGAUCAAUAAAACUAAAAGCUGGUUCUUUGAGAAGAUAAACAAAAUUGAUAAGCCAUUAGCCAGACUCAUCAAGAAAAAGAGGGAGAGGACUCAAAUCAAUAAAAUCAGAAAUGAAAAAGGAGAAGUUACAACAGACACCACAGAAAUACAAAGCAUCCUAAGAGACUACUACAAGCAACUUUAUGCCAAUAAAAUGGACAACCUGGAAGAAAUGGACAAAUUCUUAGAAAGGUAUAACCUUCCAAGACUGAACCAGGAAGAAACAGAAAAUAUGAACAGACCAAUCACAAGCACUGAAAUUGAAACUGUGAUUAAAAAUCUUCCAACAAAAGUCCAGGACCAGAUGGCUUCACAGGUGAAUUCUAUCAAACAUUUAGAGAAGAGCUAACACCUAUCCUUCUCAAACUCUUCCAAAAAAUUGCAGAGGAAGGAACACUCCCAAACUCAUUCUAUGAGGCCACCAUCACCCUGAUACCAAAAACAGACAAAGACACUACAAAGAAAGAAAAUUACAGACCGAUAUCACUGAUGAAUAUAGAUGCAAAAAUCCUCAACAAUAUACUAGCAAACAGAAUCCAACAACACAUUAAAAGGAUCAUACACCACGAUCAAGUGGGAUUUAUCCCAGGGAUGCAAGGAUUCUUCAAUAUACGCAAAUCAAUCAAUGUGAAACACCAUAUUAACAAAUUGAAGAAGAAAAACCAUAUGAUCAUCUCAAUAGAUGCAGAAAAAGCUUUUGACAAAAUUCAACACCCACUUAUGAUAAAAACUCUCCAGAAAGUGGGCAUAGAGGGAACCUACCUCAACAUAAUAAAGGCCAUAUAUGACAGACCCACAGCAAACAUCAAUCUCAAUGGUGAAAAACUGAAAGCAUUUCCUCUAAGAUCAGGAACGAGACAAGGAUGUCCACUCUCACCGCUAUUAUUCAACAUAGUUCUGGAAGUCCUAGCCACGGCAAUCAGAGAAGAAAAAGAAAUAAAAGGAAUCCAAAUUGGAAAAGAAGAAGUAAAACUGUCACUGUUUGCAGAUGACAUGAUAUUAUACAUAGAGAAUCCUAAAGCUGCCACCAGAAAACUGCUAGAGCUAAUUAAUGAAUAUGGUAAAGUUGCAGGAUACAAAAUUAAUGCACAGAAAUCUCUUGCAUUCCUAUACACUAAUGAUGAAAAGUCUGAAAGAGAAAUUAUGGAAACACUCCCAUUUACCAUUGCGACAAAAAGAAUAAAAUACCUAGGAAUAAACCUACCUAGGGAGACAAAAGACCUGUAUGCAGAAAACUAUAAGACAUUGAUGAAAGAAAUUAAAGAUGAUACCAACAGAUGGAGAGAUAUACCAUGUUCUUGGAUUGGAAGAAUCAACAUUGUGAAAAUGACUAUACUACCCAAAGCAAUCUACAGAUUCAAUGCAAUCCCUAUCAAAUUACCAAUGGCAUUUUUUACGGAACUAGAACAAAUCAUCUUAAAAUUUGUAUGGAGACACAAAAGACCCCGAAUAGCCAAAGCAGUCUUGAGGGAAAAAAACGGAGCUGGAGGAAUCAGACUCCCUGACUUCAGACUAUACUACAAAGCUACAGUAAUCAAGACAAUAUGGUACUGGCACAAAAACAGAAACAUAGAUCAAUGGAACAAGAUAGAAAGCCCAGAGAUAAACCCACACACCUAUGGUCAACUAAUCUAUGACAGAGGAGGCAAGGAUAUACAAUGGAGUAAAGACAGUCUCUUCAAUAAGUGGUGCUGGGAAAGCUGGACAGCUACAUGUAAAAGAAUGAAAUUAGAACACUCCCUAACACCAUAUACAAAAAUAAACUCAAAAUGGAUUAGAGACGUAAAUGUAAGACCAGACACUAUAAAACUCUUAAAGGAAAACAUAGGAAGAACAUUCUUUGACAUAAAUCACAGCAAGAUCUUUUUUGAUCCACCUCCUAGAGUAAUGGAAAUAAAAACAAAAAUAAACAAAUGGGACCUAAUGAAACGUAAAAGCUUUUGCAAAGCAAAGGAAACUACAAACAAGACGAAAAGACAACCUCAGAAUGGGAGAAAAUAUUUGCAAACGAAACAUCGGACAGAGGAUUAACCUCCAAAAUAUACAAACAGCUCAUGCAGCUCAAUAUUAAAAAAACAAACAACCCAAUCCAAAAAUGGGCAGAAGACCUAAAUAGACAUUUCUCCAAAGAAGACAUACAGAUGGCCAAGAAGCACAUGAAAAGCUGCUCAACAUCACUAAUUAUUAGAGAAAUGCAAAUCAAAACUACAAUGAGGUAUCACCUCACACCAGUUAGAAUGGGCAUCACCAGAAAAUCUGGAAACAACAAAUGCUGGAGAGGGUGUGGAGAAAAGGGAACCCUCUUGCACUGUUGGUGGGAAUGUAAAUUGAUACAGCCACUAUGGAGAACAGUAUGGAGGUUCCUUAAAGAACUAAAAAUAGAAUUACCAUAUGAUCCAGCAGUCCCACUACUGGGCAUAUACCCAGAGAAAACCAUAAUUCAAAAAGACACAUGCACCCCAAUGUUCAUUGCAGCACUAUUUACAGUAGCCAGGUCAUGGAAGCAACCUAAAUGCCCAUUGACAGACAAAUGGAUAAAGAAGAUGUGGUAUAUAUAUACAAUGGAAUAUUACUCAGCCAUGAAAAGGAACGAAAUUGGGUCAUUUGUUGAGAUGUGGGUGGAUCUAGAGACUGUCAUACAGUGUGAAGUAAGUCAGAAAGAGAAAAACAAAUAUCGUAUAUUAAUGCAUGUAUGUGGAACCUAGAAAAAUGGUACAGAUGAACCGGUUUGCAGGGCAGAAGUUGAGACACAGAUGUAGAGAACAAACGUAUAGACACCAAGGGGGGGAAGCUGCAGGGUGGUGGGGAUGGUGGUGUGAUGAAUUGGGCGAUUGGGAUUGACAUGUAUACACUGAUGUGUAUAAAAUUGAUGACUAAUAAGAACCUGCUGUAUAAAAAAAUAAAUAAAAUUCAAAAAAAAAGACACAUGCACCCCAGUGUUCAUUGCAGCACUAUUUACAAUAGCCAAGACAUGGAAGCAACCUAAAUGCCCAUCGACAGACGAAUGGAUAAAGAAGAUGUGGUACAUAUAUUCAAUGGAAUAUUACUCAGCCAUAAAAAAGAAACGAAAUUGGGUCAUUUGUAGAGAUGUGGAUGAAUCCAGAGACUGUCAUACAGAGUGAAGUAAGUCAGAAAGUGAAAAACAAAUAUCGUAUUUUAACGCAUAUAUGUGGAACCUAGAAAAACUGUACAGAUGAACCGGUUUGCAGGGCAGAAAUUGAGACACAGAUGUAGAGAACAAACGUAUGGACACCAAGAGGGGAAAGUGGCGGUGGGGCUGGUGGUGUGAUGAAUUGGGAGAUUGGGAUUGACAUGUAUACACUAAUAUGUAUAAAAUGGAUAACUAAUAAGAACCUGCUGUAUAAAAAAUAAAAUAAAGAGAUUAGGAGUCUGUACAUAUGGGGGGCAGGAAGUAUAUGGGAAAUCUCUGUACCUUCUGCUCAAUUUUUCUGUGAACCUAAAACUGCUCUAAAAAAUCAAGUCUAUUAAAAAAAAAUGAAGCAAUUAAACUCACAUCUAAACAGUGCUUUACAAAAAUUAUUGAGUGCUUCCUGAAUAUAAAACAGCUAAACCUGUUGCUGUUUUAUAGCUUUAUGUGAUUUUGAUGGGAUUUGGUUGUGAAAUUAUGAUGUCAGAAUCUCACUGAUCUGUAUCAAUUAUUACCUUGCCAUUUGAGAAUAAAAUAAUUUAUAACCCCCCCCAGGAAGGCAUGCUAAUUUUUAACAUGUGUUUCUCUUUUUAUGUACUAAUGGAAAGCUCUUUCACACUUUAAGGUUGGUGUAAAAAAAUAAAUAAAUAAAAGGACAUAUGAGCCCCUGACCCCACUGUGGAUUUUGUCAUGAUAUAAAAGCAAUAUUGAUUAUGGAGUUUGGAAAACAGGAUUAUUGGUUUCGUGGCAGUACUGAAAUCUGGAGUAUUUGGAAGAUUCCAGCUAAUCAUCUGGAACAACAAUCGUUGUCUGUCACGUAUCCUUGUCAGCACUUUAAAGGUAGAAAAAAAAUAGAAACAUGGACCCAUGGUUCUUUUUUUUUUUUAAUUUAUUUAUUCAAUUUAUUUAUUUUUGGCUGUAUUGGGUCUUCGUUGCUGUGUGCGGGCUUUGUCCAGUUGCAGUGAGCAGGGGCUACUCUUUGUUGUGGUGCGAGGGCUUCUCUCAUUGCGGCGGCUUCUCUUGUUGCAGAGCACGGGCUCUAGGCACGUGGGCUUCAGUAGUUGUGGCUCACGGGCUCUAGAGCGCAGCCUCAGUAGUUGUGGCGCACGGGCGUAGUUGCUCCACAGCAUGUGGGAUCUUCCCGGAUCAGGGCUUGAACCCGUGUCCCCUGCAUUGGCAGGUGAGUUCUUAACCACUGCGCCACCAGGGAAGCCCCAUGGUUCUUUAUAUCAUGCCUAACUGUUAAAAAAGAAACAAAAAACAGGACAACUCUUCAUAAAUCAUAAAGGUUAAGGAUGAAUCUGGAUAUUGUUCUGUGUACCUGACCAUGUGAUCCUCACGUGUCUUGGAAUGAGGUAGAUGAAGUAUGUGUGUAUAGAUAAUCAAAUUAUGUAUGCAUAUUUUUGUGUCUUAUAAGUAAAGAAACUGGUUAAGGUAAUUCUCCAAGGUUGUACAGCUCCUAAAGAGUUCCCUCCUCCCAGAUCUGACUCAGAACUUGUAUGUUUUUGUUCAGUUUAACCGACAUUUUCUUCUUUACUAUGUGCCAAACACUAUGUUGGGCACUGCAGAUGUUAAGGUGAGUAAGACAUAGUUGUCAUCCUGAAGGAAGUUGUAGUAUAGCAGAAAAUACAAUUUUAAUACAGUGAUAAGUUUUCUGAUACAACUGAUACUCUGUCUUGUGCCAAGGUAAGGGAGAGCUUUUAGCUUAGUCUGAAAGUCUAGGAAAAUCUUUUCAGAAGUGAACCCCCCACUUGAAAGAUGAAUAAAUAGUGUAACUUAUAACAGAGGUAUAUCCUACUUUUCUCUGAGUCCUCUGCAGUAGUGAUCUGCUUUAUAGAAUGCCACAUUAUAGUUAUCAAUGUCUAGGUGUAUUGAUAUUUAGGGGUGGCAAUGCAUAGCAGAAAAUAUACUCUGGUUAUUUCAUGGAAGUGUCUUCAGUAAAUUCCUUCCUUUUCCCCCAACUUCACCACCACUACCAAGAAUGGGUGGCAAAAUUUCCAUGGUAUAGGGUCACAUUUGUUUCUUCUAGGCCCUCCAGAAAGAAACAGUUUGCCAGGGGAACUCUGAAAGGGCUUCUUGGACCAGAUCUCUUUAAGAAGAAAAUUAAGUGCCCCUAGGGGAAGUAUCUUGGAAAAUUUUAAACUGCCUCUGUAAACUUUGACUUUGAAGGAUAGCUCUUGUCAGUGCUUGCUAUGGGUAAAUCCUGACUGCUUCCUCUGACCUUAGCUGUGGUGAUCCGUCUGCCUUUUCUUGAGCACUGUUGGUCAGGCACACGUUCCUUUGUUCCUCUAGCCUCCUGACUGACUUCCAGCUCCCAACUUUCCCUGACCUGCUUGCCUGGUUCUUUUCCAGCCACCUGACCUGCCAUAACCUCAGAUUCAAGCUCUGACCUGCUAACCUGGACAGUGCACGCCCAGCCUGCUGGCUGACAGACACAGUCAGCCUGUCCCCCAACCCUGCCCUGGGCAGAGUGUCCGACUGCUGGGCAGCAGUGACUCGCUCCACCUUCCCCCCACUACACAUAUAGGCGGGGCACACCAACAUCUCAUGAGGACAGUCACAGCCAAGGCUAGAAAGGGAAGGAAGAAGGAAAACUUGUUAGGGAAGGUCUGGGGCAGGGGAGGAAUCUAGUAUGUUUAAAGACAGCUCAUUCAGUCAGUAAAUAGUUGAGUGCUUCUGUGUGUCAGGCAUGUGCUGGGUUAUAGGAGUAUAAGAUGACUAAGGAGGAUAUUUGGGAUUAUAAAAAAAUAUUGAUAUGAAGCACUUUUACAGCAUGGUUUUAUCACCCUGUUAUCAUACUUGUCACAUAGUUUUUAUGCUACGUAAGGAAGUUUUUUGUAACUAAACUCUUAUUUUUUGUGGCUAAACUCUUAGUAUUAUCCUAAGUUAGCUUCCAAGGUUAUUGUACCCCAGAAACCAUUUGUAGUUUGAAGUUGAAUUAUACUUAUUUGACCUGCGAAUUUAGGAAUUUCAGGCAAUAUAAGUUCUAAUGUAAAAUCUUACGUGUGAUUGUAUUGAAACAGAAGGAAUGAUUUCCUGUUCUUGGCAAAUGCUGUCAUAUUCUGGAAGCAAGGCUGUCAGGAAAAUGAUGAAGUUUGCCAAAUGUUAUGUUCAGUUUGUGAAAAGAGACUGUGAGGCAUUUUGUGAGCCUUCACCUUUAGUGUCAUCUGGCCAUUUGGAAGCAUUGGUCAGGGAUGGGUGGCAAAGUCAAAAGCUUUUAAAGGCCAAGCAGGUAAAUGCACUGGGGUAGACGUGGAGCAGUGAAUACAGAUGAGAUAUUUAAAAUAAUAUUAUCAGAUAUCAUUUUAAAACUGCAACAACAGUGCAGUCCUGGCCAACCAGGAGGGUAGCAGCAUUUACCUGUCGUGCUCAACUUCUGGGCGCCAUUUAUCCUGGGAACCAGGCUACCCUCUUAGGGGCAAUUGAUUGGGAGAACUGAUAUACUCUUAUAUACAAUAAGGCAACAGAAAAUGGUGCCAUUUCCAAGGAUUCACCAAAAUGUAGUCAAUACUUUGUGAAAUGCUACUCGUUUCCUUUUCUUCAGAAUUAGAAAAGCCAAUGCACAUUCAACACUCAUUCCAAAAAAUUAAAUAGGUGUGGUUGUAGAUCAUUCGUUUAUAGGGCUUAAACAUGUUUUGAGUGACAACACACACACACACCCCAACAUAGCAACAAAAGAUCCAGACUAUUCAUUUCUCAUAUUACCUGCAGAGAAAGUUUGAAUUAACCACAUAAAAUCUCCAUUCAGCAGUUGUAGUCUUGAAGAUAGAUUCUGCAGCAAAUCAAAUCAAUACUCGGCAAACACUGUGAACAACUCUGAGCUCUCACUGAGUGUGCAUGACAUAUAAUAUACAACUGGGAAAAAUCUCUACAGUUUGUUUAAAAUAUAAUUGGUGAUACACUGUUUGAUUCAGAAUCAGAUAUGAAUCAGAAUCAGAUAUGGUAAGGGAUAAAUAAAACAGAAAAACUCAUCGUAGCAGCUGGAAGAGCCUGGAAAAAUUAACUCCUCUAAGGAGGAGAAUUAUUUCCUGACUAUAGAGGUUUUCUUAUUUAGCUAGUAUUAUUUCUUUUAUCUGUUAGACAAAUUAUAUAUGUAUUCAAUUUCAAAUUUAGGCAUUGAAUUGAGCACUUUUAUUUUUCUUUAAGACUAUCAGAUGUUUGCCAGGAAAGGCUAAUUGUGUGUUAUCCAUCAAUAUAAACAGUAAAAAAAUUCAGCCAAAAAUCAAAUUUAUUGCACAACCUGUGCUCAGUGGUUUUUAAUUGUAUUGUCUUGACUUUUUCACAAUUCUG